UCGGGUUUCUCUCCCGACUUCUCAGUCGUACGUCAACAGAGUCGGAGCGGCGCUUCGUUCUGCUGAACAACUUGACUUUAGAGCGUUAUAAAGCUUUACUGCGUCCAGGAGAGGAGUUAUAACCGUUUUACUUCACCACAGGAGCAGCUCAUAAUGCGAUAGGACUUUAACACACACGCUGGUUAGAGAGUAAUGACGAACAACAUCGAUGUGUGUGUUUACUGACUUUUAGAGAGAGAGAGAGAGAGAGAGAGAGAGAGAACAGAGAGAACAGAGAGGGGGAGAGACAGACAGACAGGGAGAGACAGACAGGGAGAGACAGACAGACAGACACAGACAGACAGGGAGAGACAGACAGACAGACACAGACAGACAGGGAGAGACAGACAGACAGACACAGACAGACAGACAGCUGCGAUGGAGAAAGCUCUGCAUUAUUAUUUGUAUAUCGUUGUCACUCUCGUGUCCGUUUGUCCUGUGACUCUCUUUAACCUGGACACUGAUAAUCCGUCGGUUUUUUCUGGACCCCAGGGCAGUUAUUUCGGCUUCUCUGUAGAUUUCUUCAGUCCAGCUGAUAAACUGCAGAACAUCCUGGUGGGCGCUCCUAAAGCCAACACCUCAUCUUCCUCCUCGGUGACGGAGCGAGGAGCCGUGUACAGUUGUCCAUGGCAGUCAGGCAGGACGUGUACGCAGAUAGAGUUCGACAACACCGAUAACCGUGUGGAGAACGGUCAGCAGAUGGAGUUUAAGUCCAGUCAGUGGUUUGGAGCUACAGUUCGUUCAGAUGGAGAACACAUCCUGGCAUGUGCACCUCUGUACCAGUGGAGUACAUACGGCUUUAAGGAACGUGAACCUGUCGGGACGUGUUAUCUGAAGAAAGGCUCCACAGUAGUGGAAUAUUCUCCCUGUCGCACUGGUUCAGCUACACCUGAAGGACAGGGGUUUUGCCAGGCUGGCUUCAGCGCUGAUAUAGUGAAGAGUAAGCGUGUGGUGGUUGGAGGACCGGGGAGUUUUUACUGGCAGGGUCAGCUGAUCUCAGAUGAUAUCUCAGAGGUUCUCAGCAGAAUCACUAAAGAGUUAACCAUCAAAUACAGCAACCAGAUGGCCACCAGAUCAGCCAGUGCCCAGUAUGAUGACAGUUACCUGGGUUACUCUGUGGCAGUGGGAGAUUUUAAUGGCGAUGGUGUGGACGAUUACGUCACCGGCGUUCCGAGAGGAGAGAAAGCGCUGGGCUAUGUGAACAUCUUCAACGGGAAGAACAUGGCUUCUGCAGUGAACUUCACUGGACUCCAGAUGGCAGCAUAUUUUGGAAACGCAGUCACUGUGACAGAUCUCAACAACGACGGGAGGAUGGACCUGUUGGUUGGAGCUCCUCUGUUUAUGGAACGUGGCUCUGAUGGGAAGCUGCGUGAGGUGGGGCAGGUGUAUGUUUACCUGUCCAACGGUGGCUUCUCCUUCCAGCCUCCUCUCAAACUGACCGGCUCUGAGAUUUACUCUCGCUUCGGCAGCUCCAUCACCAGCCUGGGAGACUUGGACCGGGACGGCUUCAAUGAUGUGGCAGUGUCUGCUCCGUAUGGUGGUUCCUCUCGACAGGGUUUGGUGUACAUCUACAAUGGCCGAGCAGCUGGACUGGACUCUCAGCCCUCUCAGGUCCUGGAGGGAAAGUGGGCGUCGACCUCACUGCCUCCCAGCUUCGGAUAUGCCAUGCAUGGGGCCAUGGACAUCGACCAGAACGGCUACCCAGAUCUGGUGGUGGGUGUGUUUGGAGCUGACAAAGCUGUUCUUUACAGGGCUCGGCCGGUGAUCAGUGUGAAUUCCACCCUGGAUAUAACCCCACAGAUCCUGAGUCUGGAGGAUAGAAGCUGCACUCUUCCUGGAACCAACACCAUGGUGUCCUGUUUCAUGGUGAAAUAUUGUCUGAAGGCCAGCGGAAAAGGAGCACCAUCCAAUCUAAAGUUCCAGGUGGACCUCACUCUGGACCGUUUGAAGCAGAAGGGAGCCAUUAAGCGUGUGUUGUUUCUACACAACCGUCUGUCUCAGUACACCAAGUUCAUGAGUGUCACUAACGGAGGAUCAUCAUCUUGUGAGGAGCUGCAGGCUUACCUCAUAGAUGAGUCAGAGUUCAGGGAUAAAAUCACUCCCAUUUCCAUCUUCAUGGAGUUCAGUCUAGAUUACGCGAGUGCAGCAGAUAAAACGGGUCUGCAGCCCAUCCUGGACCAGUCCAACCCAGCUAACGUCACCAAACAGGCCCACAUACUGUUGGACUGUGGUGAUGAUAAUAUCUGUAAACCAGAUCUGAGACUAGCUGUUGUCAGUGAUCAGACACAGAUUUAUAUUGGAGAUGAUAAUCCUCUGACUCUGGAGGUGACGGCAGAGAACCGUGGUGAGGGAGCGUACGAGGCUGAGCUCAGCAUCAUCAUCCCACCACAGGCUGACUUCAUAGGUGUGGUGAGAAACAGUAAGACAUUGUCUCGGCUCUCCUGUGCAUAUAAGAGGGAAAAUCAGACCAGAGUGGUAUGUGAUCUGGGAAACCCCAUGAAAGGAGGAACUAAGAUCGUGGCUGGUUUGCGCUUCAGUGUUCAUCAGUUGUCAGAGCAGGACACAUCAGUGAAGUUUGACCUACAGAUACUGAGCUCUAAUCAGUAUAACAGCAGCAGUAACCUGGUUACCGUGGUAACAAAGUUAGCUGUGCUAGCUAAAGUGGAGAUCCGUGGUGCCUCUGCCCCAGAGCAGGUGUUUCUACCUAUCGCUAACUGGCAGCCCAAAGAGAAUCCUGUAGUGGAGGAUGACAUUGGCCCACUAGUCCAGCACAUCUAUGAGUUGAGGAAUAAAGGUCCCAGUGCGUUCUCGAAGGCCAUGCUGGAUGUCGAGUGGCCGUAUCACUAUAACAACGGCUCUCUGCUCUACAUCACCAAGUACGAGGUGGACGGAGCCAUGAACUGCAGCACUGAUGUGGAGAUCAACCCCCUGAAUGUCACGAACCCUAUGUACUGGAAUAAGAACACAAGCGUUCUCGGGGGUGGCGACCGGCCUGAGGGGCGUGCAAGGAGCCAUGUUCACAGGAGAGACCUGCAGGACCAGAGGACUGAGGAAGACAUGCUCACACUGGACUGUGAGAAAGCUCAGUGCCUGAAGAUAAAGUGUCAGGUUGGUCGUUUGGAGCGAGGUCAGAGUGCAAUCCUCUUCAUCUACUCCAGACUGGCUGUGUCCACCUUCCUGCAGGCUGAUGUUCAGAACCACUCGUACGUGGUGAAGUCAUCAGCUUCCUUCAGCGUGAUCGAGAUGCCGUAUAAAAACCUGGAGUUUGAGCUUCCAGUGAACGGCACAUCAGCGAGUCUCAGUGUGGUGUGGGUGAACUCUGAGCUGACCCAGCCUGCCCCCAUCUGGGUGGUGGUGGUAGCUGUGUUAGCAGGACUGCUGCUGCUCGCACUGCUAAUCUUCAUCAUGUACAAGCUGGGCUUCUUUAAUAGAGUGCGCCCCCCACAGGAGGAUGGGACAGAGAAGGAGCAGCUCCAGCCUCAGGAGAAUGGAGACAAGUGCACUGAGGCCUGAUACACAUGCUGUGUGUGUGUGUGUGUGUGUGUGUGUGUGUGUGUGUGUGUGUGUGUGUGUGUGUGUGUGUGGGCGCUUGUGUGUGUGUGUGUGUGUGUGUGUGUGUGUGUGUGUGUGUGUGUUACUGGCUUGUUUCCUUCCCCUACUGCACUGACUCAUGCUGAUUUGAACAUUAACACGUGGUGAUUUUAUGAGAGAUUGGUGGAGCUCGAUGUGAGUGAUCUAAAUAAUCCUGAUUAAAAUGGAGUAGAGAAUUAAAGAGUAAAGAUAAACACAGAAUAUUAACAUUUCAAGCUAAACUUCAGAUGAUACUGACUUGUGUUUCUUUUGUAAGAUUUUAAUGUACUGUUGUCUUCUUUAUACUUAGUGAGAGCAUGUUACUGAUAAUCACUAGCAUUAUACAGCGAUGGCACAGAAGUCCAGUGUUUCUCAAGCGGUUGUCAUGGUAACUGUUUGCUAGUAACAUGAACAAACUUGGUGAAUAAAAAGCAUUUUGUGAAACUUAACUUCAAAAGUAGAAGGACGUAAAAUUUAAGUGCAAUAUCUUCAAAACCCCCCGAGGAAGAGUUAAAAUGUGACGAUAAGGUUUUAGACUUUGUCCCUAAACCUGCCCCCUCCGUAGGGACCCUACACCACAGUGGGAUUUAAACCCUUAUGGAUUUUUAUUUCCUGCUAAAUAAACAUUUGUACUUCAUUCUGAGAUGUUUAUUAGACAAACAGAACUAAAUAUCCAGCCCAGUUGCCCCAGUGCAUUAUGGGUGUCCUGAACCCUGCGGUUCCCUGAACACCGUGUCUGUAUUUGACUCCUAUAUAACAGAGUCAGAGUUAAAUAUAUUUUACUACACAAAACAGAUGUUUUUUUUAUCCUAAUGAAUUCUAUUGUUAAAUUUAAUGAUGAUUCUAAACCGUUGUUCGAUUGUUCAAAAGAAUUGACCAGCUGACGAUUGUGUGUUGUGACGUCAGUGUUGCGGUCACUGAAGCUCAGUAUCGUGUUGUGUGUUAAUGAGUCCUGUGUUUAUACUCGGAUGACGUCACUCUUCAUACCUUUCUCCUGUUUGAGAUCAGAAUCGUUUCAGCUCUUUAUUCUCUUGACCUGGUGAAUUUACCCAUAUUGGGUCACAUUUACAGUCCAAACAGUUUAGUCUCCUCCUCCUCAUCGACUCUGUGUCUAAACUCCAGAACGUAAUGUCAGUGUAACGCCUUCAUGUCCUUCACACCUCACUGAGGAUCUCGGUCAUUAUGUAACGCUUCCUAAAAUCUAAAACGAAAUAAACAACGGAUUAAAUUUGGA